AUGCACUUCUCCGCCGUCCUUGCAGUAGGCCUCGCCGUGGGACUUAGUUUAGAGGCAUGCCCUUAUAUCAGAACGCGCGAGGCACCACGAGAUUGCCCCUACGCCGCAAAACUCUCGCAAGACAAUCGGAAAUUUCAUCAAAUUACCAAGCGUGACCCUCCGGCAACCGACAAGCUUGGGGUCAUGUACAUGAACCGUAUUGCGCCAUCUGGAUCUCAACUAUGGAUCUCAAAUGCAGAUGGCAGCGAUGCCGUAAAGUUGUUAGGUGAUCAAACGGCGCCAAUGGACUACCAUGCAACUUGGUCCAGAGAUGGAGAAUGGGUGGUUUUUACCAGUGAGCGCCGCGCUGAUGGUCAAUCCGACAUCUACCGUGUCAAACCGGACGGAAGCACUCUAGAAACACUAGUACUGAGCGAUUCCUUCGAAGAUGCGGCCAGCCUAUCACCAGAUGGUACAAAACUUGUGUAUGUUUCGACUGCUAUCAACUCUACUGCGAAUGUUUUCGUCCUGGACUUGAAAACCAAUACCGCGGUCAACAUCACAGGAAGUGAUGAGACAAUUGGAGACUUUGCCAGUCCGCAUGGCUUCUUCCGACCAUCUUGGUCUCCAAACGGCGAAUGGAUUGCUUUGACCUCCGAUGCCAAUACUGACUGGACUGGCCACAGCAACGGUACUGGCUGGGAGCACACCCAGACACUGUCACUUUAUGUUAUCCGACCCGAUGGUACUGAUUUCCGCAAAGUUGUUGGUCAGCCUGGCCACUGCCUUGGAAGCCCUUCAUGGUCGCCUGAUGGAACUCGUUUAGUGUAUUACAACCUGACAACGGAGGACACAUACAAUGCGCAUGGCAUUGGAGGUUUCGGCGGGGGUGGUGGAAGUGGCGGACGUCCGAAUGGGACAUUGCCAGGCAAUGGAACGACGCCGCCCAGUACUGGUACUGGUAAUCCCGGCUUUGGAAGUAGCGUUGUAUCACAACUCUUCACUGUCGACGUUAACACCGGGACAGACUUUAAUCAGCUCACAUUCGGUACUGAUCUGGUAGUAUCUGGCCAGUAUAUGGGAAACAGCACCAACGUUGGUUAUCUCAUCAAAGCUGGAGUGGUACCAGGCAUUGGCUACACGAUUGGCGACACUACGUACUCACCCUUCAACGGUACACUGCGAAAUCCGUCUUGGUCUCCAGACGGAUCGAAGGUGGUUUACGAGGUGUACGAGUGGGAUCAACGUCCAGCUGAGAAGCCGCUGUUCAGCUGGGAUAAUGAAUGGGAGUACCGCUUCAUGGACGUAUUUCCUCAAUGGAAUAAUGCAACGCAGCGGCUGGUCACGACUGACAAACAAAUUGGCGAUGCUUCCUCGUCUGUCCUCAUUACCGACGCAGACUACAGCGAUCCCUUGAUCGUCUUUGAUGUCCAUAACGUCAGUGGAAAAGUCCAACAAGGUGUCGGAGGCGCUUAUCAGCCUACGUGGAAACCUGACGGCUCUCAGCUCGCUGUAGGCUUUGGUUCAUGGUUUGCAGGACGAGAAUCCAAUGCAGGCACUAUCUACUUACUAGAUUCUGACGGUACCAAUCACCAGAAUCUUACAGAUGGCUCACUCAAUGCUGGGUUUCCAUCGUUCUCCCCGGACGGCACGAAGCUCGUUUUCAGACUCUGGGACUACAAAAAUGGCCCUUUGGGUUUGCAUAUCUUGGACUUGGAGACUGGAAAUACGACAAAGAUUACCAAUGGAUGGGAUAACACUCCUGGUUGGUCACCUGACGGGCAUCAUAUUGUGUUCGCUCGCCAAACCAACUGGACGGCCGAAUAUGGUGGACGGUGGUAUGAUGACCGCUUUGAUAUUGCUACUGUUAAACCUGAUGGCACAGGUCUCAAGAUCCUGACGGAAUCUCAUGCAAACGAUGCUCAUGCUGUCUGGGCUCCAGACGGCCGUAUCAUGUACAACAGUGGCAUGCAUGGUUUUCGUGAUGAAAGCCCGUUGUACGACAACACUUUUCAACCUUAUGGUCAAAUCAUCAUAAUGAACGCCGAUGGAUCAAACAAGACUGCCCUGACAGAUAGUAUGUGGGAAGACUCGAUGCCCCAGUAUAUUCCUAGCUCUUCCUUCGCGUAG